AUGCGGUUCAUAUUCCAACUAUUCCUCUCUUUCCUAGUACCAAUUCUUGUGGAUUCUACAGUUUAUAGUCCCAACUCACCCACUAUUUGCCUCACUGAAACUAACAAGGGAUGUCAGGAACAAAUGAAAAAGAAAAAUCAGACAUUGGAAAGUGUGAACGAUAAUUUCCCGCCGCUGAAAGCCCUAAUGAAGAAUUAUACGGAGCAGUGUCAGAAUGUUAUGAAAUGCGCGUCUGGUUUGGAAUGUUUUAAAGGAAAAUCAGAAAAGGCAAUUUUUCAAACAUCCUGUGAUGAAGUCGGCAUAAGAAGAUAUGGCUUCGAUUAUAAUUGUAUGGCACCGAUUCUGGAGAGAGUAUACCAGGAGGACUACAAUUGCACCAAAGAUUUUGGUUACAAAAUUCUGAACCUUACCGUCGCCCAAUCGCUUUUCAAGUCUGAAAAACAAUGCUUUUUGACAAUUGCCAGGAACGCCUGUGACACUACAAACUACAACUUUUUCCUGAAAAACUACGAUGAAAUCGUGGAAGUGUACACCAGUAGACCCGUUCCUGAUAACAGCUUUUGUGCGAGUCCAAGUGAUAAAUUUCACAGACUUCAAUGCGAAAAAUUGGAUGGCGGAUUCAUGACAAAGGCAACUUCAAUACAUGUACUAUCUGUCAAUUUAUCUAAUCCUGUGGUUCAGGAUGUUGUAGAAAUUAGUGAGGCAAUGGAGAAAUGCAUGCAAGAAUCCUGUUGGGUAUUCAAUGAAGACGAGAAGAACUCAUCUAAAGUGUUCACUGACACUUUCCAAGCACUACCUGCAAAUCUGACCAACGUGUUCAAGCUCCGCCCAAGACUGUUGGAGUACAAGUGUCUCGCUAAUAUGAGUUUCUACGAUUUCUAUCACGAGCAGAUGUCUUGUGUAAGAAUUAACGAGGCACCGGAUUGCUUCAUGUUUACUAUUACAAAAUUUUGUCGGGAGGAGAUUUUGGCGGAUUUUGAGAACCUGGAGGUGUCUAUGGGACCGAAUAAUCAGUAUAAUAGUCCAGAAUUUGCGUUUUCAAUGUUCAAGGAUAACAAAAAGAAAAGAAGAUUUGUUAUUACUAUGAAUAAUGAAAAAGUAUUUUAA